UGCAAAUUACAGCCAGUACACGACAACUAUAGUGGCACAUAAUGUCCUGCGCGCAUCAGUCAGUCAUUCGCGUCAUUACCGUUGUUGCGUUCGCGCAGUCCGUGUCAUAAUAAUAUUAUUGUUAUCGCGCGUCAUAUUUUACCCGCGUACGUUUUACCCCAGAGCGCAUUUCGGCCGCCGAUGCGAUUUUCGUAUCUGCGUCGUCAUCUGCACUCGCCCAGCAAUAACAAUAAUAUUACACCGCACCGCGAAAUCGUAACGACGACGUCGGCGGUUUGCGGAGGCGACAAGAGUUUCGCGGUCCGGUCUGUCUAGCUUUUUUACGAGGUUCUAUACAGCCAGUCCCCCGUCCCCGGUCAUCGUACGCGCGUGAGACUUUUGAACUUUGUUUCGGGCACGAAAUCGCACGACCAACAUGACCGCGUCGGUGGUGACGCGCGACGAAGCACCGGCCCCCGAAAACCACCUGCAGCAGACGGUCGUGGCCCGUCCCUCGUCGGCGGUAGUCGUGAGGAGCGCGUACAAACAGUACGGUCAGACGGCCAUACUCAAAGACUUGAACCUGACCAUUCCGACCGGGAAAAUAUAUGGGCUAUUAGGACCUAGCGGCUGUGGAAAAACAACUCUACUGAGUUGUAUCGUCGGCCGUUUACAUUUAGAUUCCGGAGAGAUAAAACUUAAAGGCAAACACAUAUCAGACAUCGGAUAUAUGCCACAAGAAUUAGCACUGCACAACGAAUUAUCCAUAAAAGAAACGUUCACGUACUAUGGUUAUAUAUUUAAUUUAUCAAAUGAUGUUAUCGAAACAAGAGGCCGAGAACUAAAGGAGCUCUUGAAAUUGCCAUCAUAUAGUCUGAGUUUAAAUGAGAUUAGUGGUGGUCAACAAAGAAGAGUGUCCCUUGCAGUAGCGAUGCUUCACGACCCAAAACUAUUGAUUUUAGACGAACCUACAGUUGGCUUGGAUCCUUUAAUAAGUCAAAGCAUUUGGGAACUUCUAUUGGAUUUGACAUCGAAUGAAGGUAAAACAGUAAUAAUCACUACGCACUACAUCGAAGAAGCAAAACAGUCACAAAUGAUUGGUCUAAUGAGGAAAGGUACUCUUCUUUCCGAAGCAACGCCAACAGAAUUAUUGACUUCGUGCAAUUGUUCGUAUUUGGAGGAAGCAUUUUUGAAGAUUUGCCAAAACCAAGUGGCCAAGACAAACAGUUUCAAAAUACCAGUAAAACAACCUACAAGAAGGUUUUCUUAUGCUCGAGAUUUGCCACCGCCACCUUUGUUAAACAACACAUUAUUUACAUUUGGUCGUUUCAAAGCUCAGGUCUGUAAAAACAUUUACCUGUUGAGAAGAAACAUACCAUUUACUCUAUUUGUGAUCUUCUUACCACUGAUACAAACAGUAUUAUUCAAUAUCGCAUGUGGUCAUGAUCCAAAACAUUUAACUUUGGGUAUAUUAAACGAAGAGUCUGUGAAUAAGUUGGGUACAUGCUCGUUGACGCAGACAAAAAAUUGUUUUUUGGACGGAGGCGUGCCAGUCAGUUGUUUGGUAUUGGAAAGACUAAAAGAAAAGACUUUCGAAUUGGUCAACUAUUCCAGUGCGGAAGAUGGCCAGUAUGCAGUUUCAGAAAACAAAGUCUGGGGAUUCCUUCAUUUUUCGAAAAACUUCAGUACUAAUUUAGCAACCCGUUUCAAUGAAGGCGGAGAUAUCUCCGACAACAACAUAUUCGAAAUGGGAUCUAUCCAAGCGUGGAUUGACAAUACAAAUAAGUAUAUGUACGACAUGAUUAAAAGAGACAUUUUCGACAGCUACACGGACGUGGUUGAUAGUCUUUUCGGAAAAUGUAAUAUAUCAGAAAGAAUCGGCAACUCGCCAAUCCGGUUCCUCGACCCUGUUUAUGGAAACAAAAAUCCAAGUUUCAUACAUUACGCGUCACCUGCAAUAAUAGCACUAUGUGCAUUUUAUCUCCCUGCAAUCUACACAGGAUCUACGAUUAUUUCUGAAAAAGAAGGAGGUGUUAUCGAGAGAGUGGUCUUAUCAGGAAUGAACUUCAUUGAAAUCGCUUUAGCCCAAGUAUUGGUACAGACAGUAUUUAUCUUCAUUCAAACUACCCUGGUGAUGCUCGUCAUGUUUGUUAUAUUCGACAACCCAUUCGUCGGUGACAUAUUUCCGUCAUUUUUGCUAUUAACAAUGAUCGGAUGUGGUGGAAUGUGUUUCGGUUUUUUCACGGCCAUUAUCUGUAGGACGACGACGGAAGCAGCAUUUCUGGGAAUCGGAACAAAUUUCUUAUUGAAAUUUUUAUGCGGACUUAUGUGGCCUACUGAAGGUAUCCACUACUUGUUGCGCAGCAUUAGCGUCUACAUGCCGUUGACGAUGUCCACAGAAAGUCUGCGGUCGCUGACCGCCAAGGGCCUGGGCCUCCAGCAUCCUUCCGUGUACCUUGGAUUCAUGUCGAUCUUCUCUUGGAUACUCGUCUUCACGCUGGUGUCGUUCAUAAUGCUUAAACUCAAACGGGACGUAUGGACAAAAAGUUAAUGGGCUCGUAAUUCGCAUAAUAAUAAUAACAUUUAAAAAUAUACCUAUCAAAUUAUUGGGUAUAUCGUAUUGUAUUGUUUUUGUUCCGGUGGAAACCACCAAUAGACCACGAUUGUACCUACAAACUAUAAAUAUUUUAACAUAUUAUUAUAUUUAUUUAUGAUAUAUACGCCAUGUGUGAUAGCUGUAACGUUUUAGACGAUUUUUUUAUUUAUAAAUACUAUAAUAUAAUUAUAAUAUGAUAUGUAUAAAAAACAUAAUUCAUUUUGAUGAAAUUAUAUCAUAUUAUAUUAAUAAUUAGAUGGUGAUUAUUUAUUUGCUGUACAUCGGUAUCCAACAAAAUAUGUUAUUUAUCAAAUUCUGUAUAUAUAUAAAAAAAAAAAUUACAAACGGAGAUUGUAUGAAAAUACUUUAUUUAUAUCAUAUUUUAUUUUAUUAUUAAUUAAUAUUAAUUGUUUAUAAAAUCAGUAAAAAUAUGAGUGGAAAAACAGUAAUAUUAUAUAUUUAUAUAGUUAUACUCUUAAAAUAUAUAUUUUAUAAGAAUUAUGAAAAUUGUAAUGUUUAUGGCUAAAAAUAUACACUGAUUUUUUUUUUUUAUAAUGGACCACUCAUUAUUUAAAAAAACCAUUAACAUUUUUGAAAAUGUUUCUUUUAUACCUAACUUACAAUUGAAAUCAAACAAUUUAAAAAUUUAUAUAUAUAUAUGUAAUUUUAAUUUUUUUAUCGUUAUAAUUUUUAAGUUUUUUAAUUUUUUUAUUUAACAACAAACAUUUUUAAUUUUAUACUCCGAAGCAGAAUAUUUCGAUGUAUACAAAUCGAAAUUCGGACCAGAAAUUUAAGAGUUAUAUUAAGUAUUUAAAAUUUUAGUGAACGGAAUGGAGUGAUAUGAAGAUACUCCUUAAAAUGUUAGCCUAAUACUCCGCUUUCAGAAUAUGAUAUUAAAAGUGUAUGUUGUGAUUCAAAAAACUUAAAAAUUAUAACAAUAAAAAAAAUACAAUAUAAGUACAUAAUACAUAUUAUAUUAUUAUUAUUUUUUUUAAUUAGUUUGAUUUAUUGUUCAUUAUAUAAAAGAAGUAUUUUCAAAAAUAUCAAUAGUUUUUGAAAUAAAGAGUGGUUCAUGAUAAAAUAGUCAUCUUGUAUAAGUUGAAAAAAAUUAACCUAACUUUAGAACGUUUAUUUAUUUAAUAAUAUUAAAAUUUAUAUUAUUAAAUAGAUAUUAAUACAUA